AUGAAAGUCAUCACCGCCAAUUUUGUGACCUGUGCAGUCAAAGAAUGCAAGACUUCACCAUUGUCCUUCCCUCUGCAUUUCCAUGAUGCUGAAUUGGAACUCCAAGAGUUGGAAUUCCAGCCCGAGUUUAUCCGCAAUGUGAUCUCCCGCAUUGAUUGGAAUGGUCUUCGGACCACUGCGAACGAGCUAGGAUUCCCCAGUCUACCAGAGACGAAACCAGAGGGAGACGCUCUUACGGAUGAGCAGACACUGAAAGACUUGCACCGACUACUCUUGGAGACCCAGGUUAUGGAAGGCAAAUUGGUCUGUGGGAACUGUGGCCAUCAGUAUGUGAUCAAGGAGGGGAUCGCAAAUUUUUUGCUUCCGAGCCAUUUGGUUUGA